UCCCUAUUACUUAUUACCGCUAAAGAUAUUCCGAGUAAGAUCUGCUCUUUGUUUGUUCUUAUCGCAGAGUAGAAUUUCUUCUGUUCAAGUUCCAAAGUUACUGUUAUAUAGAGACGCUGUACUGUAGCGGAUCACCAUUGCAUCAGGAGCAAGGAAGCUUUCGCUCACAUUUGCUUUGAAGAGUUUUGUCUGUUUCUUUGAAGAUGAAGGGUGGGAAGGCGAAAGCUGAGCAAUCAGAUUCUUUGAGGGUUGUGGGUGACAAGAAAAUAGGAAAGCAGAAGAAGGCUCCUACAGAAAAGCAACUUAAGCGUCAAGCCAAAAAGGAGAAGAAGGCUAAGAAAGAUCCAAACAAGCCUAAAAGACCACCAAGUGGUUUCUUUGUAUUCCUGGAGGGAUUUAGAAAGCAGUACAAGGAGGCAAAUCCCAAUUCAAAAUCUAUAUCCGCUGUUGCAAAGGCUGGAGGAGAAAAAUGGCAGUCAAUGAGUGAAGCUGAAAAGGCUCCCUUUGAAGCGACUGCUGCAAAGAAAAAAGCUGAAUAUCAGAAUGCAAUGGCUGCUUACAACAAUAAACAAGAGGCAUCUGCUGAAGAGUCAGACAAGUCCAAAUCUGAAGUUAACGAUGAAGAGGAUAGUGGAGAGGAGGAAGAUGAUUAGGUGUUUUGUUUUCUCCUUGCUGACAAUGAUGUUUCUGGACAUUGUCUAGAAAAAAAUUUAUAACUUCCUGUACAUGUCAUUUCCCUCCCAAUUUUGUACAAGGGUAUUCUCACUUGUCGCAUCGUGGUGAAGAUGAUUCAGAACAUCUUUUUGUAUUUCAAGAUAUGAAUAUUCCUUUUGUAUUGACCUGUUGAUUAAUGCAGGAAAUCAUUAAUAUUGAUUUUUUGGAACAUUACCUUGGCAAA